ACCCAGCCCUGGGCCUGGAGCAAGGGGGAAGAUCCCUGCCUCUCUGGAGACCGUGGCUGCCCCAAGCAGAGGAGGGAACCGGGCAGAUGGACAUUGCUUGGACUCUGGAGGCAGCAAGGGACGGCGGCCCUGACAAAGCACUGGCAUUUUUCCACCACCCAGUCAGGCUCCUCUGGCCCAAGUCCAAGUCCUUUGACUAUCUGUACGACGUGGGGGAGAAGCUGCUGGAGAAUUUCCCGGUGCAGGCCACCCUCUGCCUCUACGAGGACUCCGGCAGCGAGGAGGAGGAGGAGGAAGAGGAGGAAGAAGAGGAGGAGGAGGAGGCAGGGGACAUGGCGGCAGGUCCCCCGCCGCAGGCAGGCAGCCCUGGCAGGCCGGUGUGA